GUGAACCUUGGGUCCAUUGGCAAGCACGCUAACCACUAGUCCACCGCGGGCAAGUUUCAUAGAAUGAUGGUUGCUACGAAACAUUAUGCACAAAGAAUGUAGUACAAUAUGCAGCAAUAUUGAUAAAUGAACAUCGAAGAAGGUAGCUGGACUGUGGUUGUACAGCGAUGUAACAAGCUAUUGGAAGAGAAAAUAUAAUGACAAGGACACAGUGACUCUGCAGAAAGUAUAUGUGCUGCCCAUUGUUAAGUUCAAUGGAUUUCCAGAUUUGAACACUUCAGCACUAAUUAACAGUAUCAAGACGAAGGGGACGGGUACUUCAUCCCAAUAAUGCAGUGGAAAAUAGUGACCUUUGCCACAGUGCUUCUGCAGAUCCUAGUAGUAAUCACCAACGCUUCUGGAUCUCCAUUAUUAGAUAAAACAGUAUCAUCUUACAACAGAGCCAGUGUAACUGAUUAUCGUCUUCCCACUAAUGUAAAACCAGUUCAUUACAAAAUUACACUGAAUCCUCUUAUUGAAGAUCUAGAUCCUAGAACCUUUACUGGAGAGGUACAGAUCAGAGUGAAAAUAAUUGAAGAAACCGAUAGCAUUACUCUUCAUUAUAAUGACUUGUCUAUUAACACUAUAAGUGUUAACAGAAUCAACACUGAAACAGACAUUGCUGUGUAUCAUGAAUAUGAUAACAUCACUCAUUUCUGUACCAUAAGAAUUAAUAAGGUUGAAAAUGAAGAUGUGGAAGAAACAUUCAAAACAAAUGAGGAGUACAUCAUUACAAUAAAUUAUUUAGGAUACCACCGAGUUGACAUGUAUGGAUUCUACAGGAGUUCGUAUAAAGAUGAAAAUGGUGACACAGUGUGGCUAGCAACAACGCAGUUUGAGCCAGGGAAUGCUCGACGAGCCUUUCCUUGUUUCGAUGAACCAGCUUUCAAAGCCACAUUUGAAAUUAGCAUACUAAGAAAACGUAAUCUCCAGGCAAUAUCAAACAUGCCAAGAAAAAAUGAUGGGAAUCAAUUGUAUGAUAACUUUGAAACAACACGAGUCAUGCCCACGUACUUGAUUGCAUUCAUAGUGUCAGACUUUGUGGCCUUGGAAAAUGACACAGAAAAUUUCAAAGUAUGGGCAAGAAAAGGAGCCAUUGAACAAGCACAGUAUAGUUUUGAAAUUGGACCGUCCCUUCUCCAUGCCAUAGAAGAGUUUCUGUUGGAUUUCAAAUACCCAAUGCCCAAAAUGGAUGAAGUAGCCGUGCCUGAUUUUUCAGCUGGAGCAAUGGAAAACUGGGGUCUUACAACAUACAGGGAGAGGAUUAUCUUGUAUGAUAAGGAUCACGCCACUGCAGGGACCAAGCAACAGAUUGCAACGGUGGUGGCCCAUGAAUUUGCACAUCAGUGGUUCGGUGAUCUAGUAAGUCCCGAGUGGUGGAAUUAUUUGUGGCUGAAUGAGGGAUUUGCUACAUACUUCGAGUCUUUCGCUACAGAUAUGGUGGAAAGAGAUUGGCGACUCAGAGAACAGUUUGUGGUCCGGGAUCUUCAGUCUGCCCUCGCCGCUGAUGCUCUGUCAACGUCACAUCCAAUUACUCAGUUUGUUGACAGUCCAAACAGUAUCAGGUCCAUCUUUGACACCAUCUCUUACGAAAAAGCUGGAUCAGUUAUUCGUAUGAUGGAGCAUUUCCUGACUACUGAAGUUUUCAAAGAAGGACUAAAACGAUACCUGCAAAUUCGUCAAUAUUCAAAUGCAAAUGAAGAACACCUGUAUGAUGCAAUGAAUGAAAAAUUCCUGUCAACAAAACCUGAAUUAUAUGAAGACGUUGCUAAAAUAAUGCAUACGUGGACACGACAGCCAGGUUAUCCUGUACUGACUAUUACUUCUGAAGAAGAGAAUCAACUGACAAUAACACAGAAAAGGUUCUUGUUAACGCCAACAUCAACUGCAGAAGAGGACGACUCCUUGUGGACUAUUCCUCUCACUUAUGCAGUGCAGGACAGUAACUUCGAUGACACUUCUACCAAACAGUGGAUGAGAGGCUCUUCUUUGAAGAUCAGCCGACCAACUGAAGAAAAUAGAUGGUUCAUCUUCAACCCGCAACAAACAGUAACACCAUCCCAGCAAACCUGCAGAGUGUCACUUACUGUACGGCACUUCGUCAUGGAGGAGAGGAGGACUGGGAUCUUUUGUGGAACAAGUAUGUUGAUUCCAACUAUGCUACUGAGCAGUCCCUCAUCCUAGGAGCUUUGGGAUGUACUACAAAUCAAACCCUCAUUAACAGAUAUCUGAUGAUGUCAAUCACAAAUAAUGAAAACAUACGAAGACAAGAUUCAGCAAGUGUGUUCUCCGCUGUAUACUCAAACCCUGAGGGAUUUCAACUUGCUUUCAACUUCCUUCAAAAUAAUUAUGAUGAAAUAGCGAACUCUUAUGGGACAGGUGUUUCAAGCAUUGUUACAGGAAUAGCAUCCCGGAUAACCACACAAGAACAGUUGGAUAAGUUUAUAGAGUUUGUUAAUAAUGAAGAUCUCGGUGCAGCCACAGAAGCAGCGAGAAGGGCAGUGGAAUCUGCGAAAGAAAACCUUGAAUGGGUUGAGAGACAUGGUUCUGAAAUUGAGUCAUGGCUAAAAUUAGGAUCAUCAACGACAACACAAUUAACAUCAACGACAACACAAUUAACAUCAACGACAACACAAUUAACAUCAACGACAACACAAUUAACAUCA